GCGUGGGAGGGGGCUGGGAAGAGAGCAGGAAGCCAGGCCGCGGGCAGAGGAGGCUGCGGGGCCCCUCGCUGGAAAGGCAAACAGGAAGGACUGCCCCCUAAGCUCUGGGCUGCGGGCCGGGGAGUCUCCGCCGCGCGCCAGAGCUGCUGCUCCAGGCCGAGGGUAAGGAGGCGAGCCGGGAAGGGGUGGACUGGGGCGAGCUCCGCGGUUCCCCAACGCUCCAGCCUUCGGGACUCGCGCUGCUCUCCCGGCCUCGGCGCCACCGCCGUCCGCCCUUCCCCCGCGCCGCGGCGGGCCAUCCGCAGCCACCGCGAUGAAGGCAGGCUCAGGGGAUCAGGGGAGUCCCCCGUGCUUCCUGCGCUUCCCGCGGCCCGUGCGGGUGGUAAGUGGCGCGGAGGCCGAGCUCAAAUGCGUGGUCCUGGGGGAGCCGCCGCCCACUGUCGUGUGGGAGAAAGGCGGGCAGCARCUGGCGGCCUCGGAGCGCCUGAGCUUCCCGGCGGACGGCGCCGAGCAUGGCCUGCUGCUGAGCGGCGCGCUGCCCACCGACGCCGGGGUCUACGUGUGCCGCGCUCGUAACGCGGUCGGAGAGGCCUACGCGGCGGCCGCGGUCACCGUACUGGAGCCGCCGGCCCCCGAGCCUGAGCCCCAACCCGCCGAGCACCCGCUGCCGCCUCCCAGAAGCGGGGAGGGCGCCCCCGUGUUCCUGACGGGACCCCGGUCCCAGUGGGUGCUGCGGGGGGAGGAGGUGGUGCUGACGUGCCAGGUGGGGGGCAUCCCCGAACCCACGCUGUACUGGGAGAAGGAUGGGAUGGCCCUGGAUGAGGUGUGGGACAGCAGUCACUUCGUGCUGGAGCCCGGCCGCGCCGCGGGUGGCCCGGGGACGAGCCUGGCGCUGCGCAUCCUGGCGGCCCGUCUGCCAGACUCGGGCGUCUACGUGUGCCACGCCCGCAACGCGCACGGCCACGCGCAGGCCGGCGCGCUGCUCCAGGUGCACCAGCCCCCCGAGAGCCCGCCGGAGGACCCCGAAGAGGCCCCCGCUCCGGUGGUGGAGCCUCUCAAGUGCGCGCCCAAGACCUUCUGGGUGAACGAGGGCAAGCACGCCAAGUUCCGCUGCUACGUGAUGGGCAAGCCUGAGCCUGAGAUCGAAUGGCACUGGGAGGGCCGUCCCCUGCUUCCUGACCGCCGCCGCCUCAUGUACCGCGAUCGCGAUGGCGGCUUUGUGCUCAAGGUGCUCUACUGCCAGGCCAAGGACCGCGGGCUCUAUGUCUGCGCGGCGCGGAACUCUGCUGGCCAAACGCUCAGCGCUGUGCAGCUGCACGUCAAAGAGCCCCGCCUCCGCUUCACGAGGCCCCUGCAGGAUGUGGAGGGCCGGGAGCAUGGGAUUGCCGUGCUGGAGUGUAAAGUGCCCAACUCCCGCAUUCCCACAGCCUGGUUCCGAGAGGACCAGCGGCUGCUGCCCUGCCGCAAGUAUGAACAGAUUGAAGAGGGCACCGUCAGGCGCCUCAUCAUCCACAGGCUGAAGGCAGAUGAUGAUGGUGUCUACCUGUGCGAGAUGAGAGGCCGGGUGCGCACAGUGGCCAAUGUCACAGUUAAAGGGCCCAUACUGAAGAGGCUGCCCCGGAAGCUUGAUGUGCUGGAGGGAGAGAACGCCGUGCUGCUGGUGGAGACGCGAGAGGCYGGGGUUGAGGGGCGCUGGAGCCGUGAUGGGGAGGAGCUGCCAGCCACCUGCCAGAGCAGUUCUGGUCACAUGCACGCCCUGGUCCUUCCAGGGGUCACCCGAGAAGAAGCUGGCGAGGUCACCUUCAGCCUAGGCAACUCCCGUACCACCACUCUGCUCAGAGUCAAAUGUGUCAAGCACAAUCCUCCAGGACCUCCGGUGCUGGCUGAGAUGUUCAAGGGCCACAAGAACACGGUCCUACUGACCUGGAAGCCUCCUGAGCCACCUCCUGAGACCCCCUUUAUCUACCGCCUGGAGCGGCAGGAGGUGGGCUCUGAAGACUGGAUCCARUGCUUCAGCAUUGAGAAAGCUGGAGCCGUGGAGGUGCCAGGCGACUGUGUGCCCUCGGAGGGUGACUACCGUUUCCGCGUCUGCACAGUUAGCGAACAUGGCCGCAGUCCCCACGUCGUGUUCCAUGGUUCUGCUCACCUUGUGCCCACAGCUCGCCUGGUGGCAGGUCUGGAGGAUGUGCAGGUAUACGAUGGGGAAGAUGCUGUCUUCUCCCUUGAUCUGUCCACCAUCAUCCAGGGGACCUGGUUCCUUAAUGGGGAAGAACUCAAGGUUAACAAGCCAGAGGGCCAGGUGGAGCCUGGGGCCCUGAGGUACCGAAUGGAACAGAAGGGUCUGCAGCACAGACUCAUCCUGCAAGCCGUCAAGCACGAGGACAGUGGGGCCCUGGUUGGCUUCAGCUGCCCUGGUGUACAGGACUCAGCUGCCCUCACCAUCCAAGAGAGCCCAGUGCACAUCCUGAGCCCCCAAGACAAGGUGUCACUGACCUUCACGACCUCGGAGCGGGUGGUGCUGACCUGUGAGCUCUCGAGAGUAGACUUCCCAGCAACCUGGUACAAAGAUGGGCAGAAAGUGGAGGAGAGCGAGUCGCUGGUGGUGAAGAUGGAUGGGCGCAGACACCGUCUAAUCCUGCCUGAGGCUGAAGUCCGAGACAGCGGCGAGUUUGAAUGCAGAACAGAAGGGGUCUCAGCCUUCUUCAGUGUCACUGUCCAAGAUCCCCCAGUGCAUAUCGUGGACCCCCAAGAGCAUGUGUUUGUACAUGCCAUAACCUCUGAGUGUGUCAUGCUGACCUGUGAGGUGGACCGAGAGGACGCCCCCGUGCGCUGGUACAAGGAUGGGCAGGAGGUGGAGGAGAGUGACUUCGUGGUACUGGAGAAUGAGGGACCCCAUCAUCGCCUGGUGCUGCCUGCCGCCCAGCCCCCUGACGGGGGCGAGUUUCAGUGUGUCGCUGGAGAGGAGCGUGCUUACUUCACUGUCACCAUCACAGAUGUCUCCUCAUGGAUUGUGUACCCCAGCGGCAAAGUGUAUGUAGCAGCUGUGCGCCUGGAGCGCGUGGUACUGACCUGUGAGCUGUGCCGGCCCUGGGCUGAGGUGCGCUGGACCAAGGAUGGUGAGGAGGUGGUAGAGAGCCCAGCGCUGCUUCUGCAGAAGGAGGACACUGUCCGCCGCCUGGUGCUACCUGCUGUCCAGCUUGAGGACUCCGGCGAGUACUUGUGUGAAAUUGAUGACGAAUCUGCCUCCUUCACUGUCACAGUCACAGAACCCCCCGUGAGGAUCAUAUACCCUCGGGAUGAGGUGACCUUGAUCGCCGUGAGCUUGGAGUGUGUGGUGCUGAUGUGUGAGCUGUCUCGAGAGGACRCCCCAGUGCGCUGGUACAAGGAUGGCCUGGAGGUGGAGGAGAGCGAGGCCUUGGUUCUGGAGAGUGAUGGCCGCUACCGCCGCCUGGUGCUGCCCGCUGCCCAGCCUGCGGACGGAGGCGAGUUUGUGUGCGAUGUUGGAGAUGACUCAGCCUUCUUCACGGUCACUGUCACAGCCCCACCAGAGAGGAUCGUGCAUCCAGCAGCCCGUUCUCUGGAUCUGCAGUUUGGAGCUCCAGGGCGCGUGGAGCURCGCUGUGAGGUGGCCCCUGCGGGGUCCCAGGUGCGCUGGUACAAGGACGGCCUGGAGGUGGAAGUCUCAGAUGCCCUGCAGCUGGGUGCUGAGGGGCCUGCCCGCAUCCUCACCCUGCCCCAUGCCCAGCCUGAGGAUGCCGGGGAGUAUGUGUGUGAGACCCGCGAUGAGGCCGUCACCUUCAACGUCAGCCUCGCUGAGCUUCCUGUGCAGUUCCUUGCUCCAGAGGCAGYCCCCAGCCCACUCUGUGUGGCCCCUGGGGAGCCAGUGCUGCUGAGUUGCGAGCUGUCCCGGGCUAGCGCCCCUGUGUUCUGGAGCCACAACGGGAGGCCUGUGCAGGAGGGCCAGGGCCUAGAGCUCCAAGCSGAGGGUCCCCGCCGUGUCCUCUGCAUCCGGGCUGCAGACCUAACCCAUGCAGGUGUCUACACCUGCCAGACCGGGACUGCCCCAGAGGCCCCAAGCCUCAGCUUCACCGUCCAGGUGGCUGAGCCCCCUGUGCGGGUGGUGACCCCUGAGGCGGCCCAGACGAGGGUUCGAAGCACCCCAGGCGGGGACCUGGAGCUGGUGGUGCACCUCUCCGGGCCGGGGGGCCCUGCGCGUUGGUACAAGGACGGGGAGCGACUGGCGAGCCAGGGGCGGGUACAGCUGGAGCAGGCCGGGGCCAGGCAGGUGCUGCGGGUGCGGGGGGCACGGAGCGGGGACGCUGGGGAAUACCUGUGCGACGUACCCCAGGACAGCCGCAUCUUCCUCGUCAGCGUGGAAGAGCCACCUCCAGUGAAGCUUCUCUCUGAGCUGACGCCAUUAACGGUCCACGAGGGCGACGACGCCACGUUCCAGUGCGAAGUCUCACCGCCAGAUGCAGAAGUCACCUGGCUACGCAAUGGGGCCGUCGUCACUCCAGGGCCCCAGCUGGAGAUAGCCCGGAGCGGCUCAAGCCACUCCCUGACUGUGCGAGGCUGCAAGCUCGAGGACUCCGGGACAGUGACUGCACGGGCGGGGAGCACCGUCACAAGUGCCCGGCUGCAUGUCCGAGAGACGGAGCUGCUGUUCCUGCGGCGGCUGCAGGACGUGCGCGCCCAGGAAGGCCAGGACGUGUGCCUGGAGGUGGAGACCGGCCGGGUGGGCGCCGCGGGGGCCGUUCGCUGGCUGCGAGGCGGGGAGCCCCUCCCGCUCGACUCCCGCCUGGCCCUGGCCCAGGACGGCCACGUCCACCGCCUCUUCAUCCACGGCGUCGUGCUCGCCGACCAGGGCACCUACGGCUGCGAGAGCCACCACGAUCGCACCCUGGCCAGGCUCAGUGUGAGGCCGCGGCAGCUGAGAGUCCUGCAGCCUCUGGAAGAUGUGACAGUCAUCGAGGGGGGCAACGCCACCUUCCAGCUGCGGCUGUCCCAGGAGGGUGUGAUUGGGGAGUGGGCCCGGGGUGGAGUCCGGCUGCAGCCGGGGCCCAAGUGCCACAUUCACGCGGAGGGCCACACUCACCGUCUGGCACUCAGUGGCCUGGGCCUGGCAGACUCGGGCUGUGUCUCCUUCACGGUGGAUUCCCUGCGCUGUGCUGCCAGACUCACUGUGAGAGAGGUCCCAGUGACCAUUGUGCAGGGGCCACAGGACCUAGAGGUGACAGAGGGAGACACAGCUACAUUCGAGUGCGAGCUUUCCCAGGCCUUGGCUGAUGUUACCUGGGAGAAGGACSGGCGCGCGCUCACCCCCAGCCCCCGGCUCCGGCUCCAGGCCCUCGGGACGCGCCGCCUUCUCCAGCUGCGGCGCUGCAGUUCCUCGGACGCCGGGACCUACAGCUGUGUGGUGGGGACGGCCCAGGCCGGGCCGGUUCGUCUGAUCGUGCGCGAGCGCACAGUGUCGGUGCUUUCCGAGCUCCAGUCUGUGCGCGCCCGCGAAGGCGACGGCGCCACGUUCGAGUGUACGGUGUCAGAGACCGAGACCACCGGGCGCUGGGAGCUCAGAGGCCGCCCGCUAAAACCCGAAGGCCGCGUCCGCAUCCGACAGGAAGGGAAGAAACACAUUCUGGUGCUGAGCGAGCUGCGAGUCGAGGACGCGGGUGAAGUCCGCUUCCAGGCGGGACCCGCCCAGUCCUUGGCUCUGCUGGAGGUGGAGGCAUUGCCUCUCCAGAUAUGCCGCCGCCCCCCUCGCGAGAAGACUGUUCUUGCCGGCCGCCGGGCGGUGCUGGAGGUGACCGUGUCCCGCUCCAGGGGCCACGUGUGCUGGUUGCGGGAGGGGGUCGAGCUGUGCCCAGGAGACAAGUAUGAGAUGCGCAGCCACGGCCCCACCCACAGCCUGGUUAUCCAUAACGUGAGACCAGAGGACCAGGGCACUUACUGCUGCCAGGCCGGCCAGGACAGUGCCAACACAUGCCUGCUGGUAGAGGGUGACUAGCAGGACCCAACCAGGCAAGGCAGGUGCCCUCGGACAGCUUGAAAAGCRUGUGCCCUUACACAGGGCUGGGUGGGGUGAUGGGAACCAGAGGUGUUGGGAAACAAUAAAA